UUUUUAACAAAACUGCUGCAAAUUAACCAAAUAGGAGAGACCGCGAAAAAGAAACAUAUCACAAUAACGAUAGAUUAUGGCGCGCAUUUUCUGAUAAUAACAACUAGCCCAGCUUGCUCCAUGGGACAACACGCAGGGCUCACGCUUGUAGCAACUUGACCAAUUCAAUGUUUGGGGUGAUGUUUCAUACCAGACAAUCGGCAUGAUUUCACACUAACGAUAAUUGACUUAAUUUUGAUGGAAAGUUAUUUCGCUAACAAGCCAGCUAGCUAGCUACAAAACCAAGCACCCAAAAUGCAAUCAGCUGAUAUGCGGCAUCUUCCAGAUCAUGUGACCAAACCCCCUGUGUUUCGGAAGGGGUCUUCAGAUAGGUAGCACUAGCAGUUCACUUGUAAUUGAACCAGAGAUCGCCUCUUCCUCUCACAACCAGUACAAUAACGACGGUAGGAAAAAUACUGUUUUAGCAAGAUAUGCCUCUCCAGCGAACUUCUUUGAUGUAAAUACUACCGAGCCAGGAAUCACAGCUUUACAGUGUCUCUGGAGGAGGAAUCCGAGAGGCAACAGGAGGAUCCAGCCAGCGCCAGCUGACCAAUCAUGACCUCCGACCCUGACCAUCGUCAAGACGGCCCAGGUCCAGUUCUCUCCAGGAUAUCAGCGAGCACCUCCGAGGAGGAUGUUCUCUGUCCUUCUCCACCUCUGCCCCCCAGACCUGAUUCUCGAUACGAGAGAAUUGGAGGCCAAACAGGGACUUCUUUUUUACAGACCCUGAUCCACCUCCUGAAAGGGAACAUCGGUACAGGACUGCUAGGCCUACCUCUGGCUGUCAGGAACGCAGGCCUUGUGUUAGGACCUCUGAGUCUGUUUGCCAUGGGGAUAAUAGCAGUCCACUGUAUGAAUCUGCUUGCAAAAUGUUCCCACCACCUCAGUGCAAAGUUGAACAAGCCCUUUCUGGACUAUGGUGAUGCUGUGCAGUAUGGUAUGGAGAAUGUCUCGUGGCUGAGAAGGCACUCAAUAUGGGGGAGGCGGAUAGUUAACGUGUUUCUGAUCAUCACCCAGCUGGGUUUCUGCUGUGUCUACUUUGUCUUCCUCAGUGAUAACGUCAAACAGGUGGUGGAGGCUUCUAACGGGACAACCAUGAACUGCCACAGAAACCAGACGGCUGUGACCGUCCCCAGCUUUGACUCCCGUCUCUACAUGUUGUGUUUCCUGCCAGCCAUUAUACUCCUGGUGUUCACCCCAAACCUGAAGUACCUGGCACCCCUUUCUCUGGCAGCCAACCUGGCCAUGUGUGCUAGUCUGGUCCUCAUCUACUUCUUCUGCUUCACGAACAUCCCAAAUCAUAUCAACCUGCCCAAGGUGGGUCAUGCCAAAGACUACCCUCUCUUCUUUGGAACGGCCAUCUUUGCUUUCGAGGGGAUAGGAGUGGUCCUGCCCCUGGAGAACAAGAUGCAGAAGCCUCAGAGUUUCAAUAGGGUUCUAUGUCUGGGAAUGGGCAUCGUCACCUUCCUCUAUAUCAGCUUGGGGACCAUAGGGUACAUGACCUUUGGAGAGGCCAUAGGGGGAAGUGUCACCCUUAACUUACCCAACUGCUGGAUGUAUCAGAUUGUAAAGCUUCUCUACUGUUUCGGUAUCUACAUCACCUUUGCCCUUCAGUUCUACGUGCCAGCUGCGAUCCUGAUUCCUCCUGUGGUGUCCCGCGUCUCAGAGAGAUGGGAACUGACGGUUGAUCUCCUGAUCCGCACUGCGCUCGUAUUCUUCACCUGUGUCCUGGCCAUAUUGAUCCCCCAGCUGGACCUGGUCAUCUCUUUAGUGGGGUCCGUCAGCAGCAGUUUCCUGGCUCUCAUCUUCCCUCCACUCCUCCAGAUCCUCACCUACCACAACGAAGGUCUGUCUCCCUGGGUCAUCGUCAAGAACACCCUGAUCUCUGUCAUCGGCUUCAUCGGCUUCAUCACCGGCACCUAUAUAUCCAUCACAGAGAUCAUCAAACGCAACGGCAGACAUGACAAUCUGGAUGUGACCUUCUUCCAGGUCCAGUGAGAGAUCUAGUGAGGAAGAGGAGGAUAUCUUGACAAUGGUUGGUCUGGCAAACAGUGGAGGCUGGUGGGUGGAGAAAUCUGAAGACAGGCUCAUUUUAGUAUGGAUGGUACCUUCCUUCGAUUUAGUGACACCAGCCUCCACUGCAGUCAAACAAUCACAGUUAAAAGAUGUCUUCACCCUGGCUUCAGACAUGUUUUUUUUCUCACUUGCUCUAUUCCAUUGAUUAAACAUUUAUUGAUAUUGUGAGUCUGUUUACUGUUGUAGUUAUUGGUCGCUGUGGAACAAUUAUUUAAUGGAAUAUAAGUGUAAAUCAAACUUAUUUUUACAGUAACCGUAUAGCCAAGAAGAUAACACAUUUAGUUUAUUUUAUUUAACCUUUAUUUAACUAGGCAAGUCAGUUAAGAAAAUAAUCUUAUUUACAAUGACGGCCUACCCCGGCCAAACCCGGACGACGCUGGGCAAAUGGUUUCCGUACUAUGACACGAGCUUCAUUCUCCGAUAUUUCGAUGUUUUUAACUUCUUAUUUUUAUGACGUACUUUUAUAUUUUUAACUCUUCCAUGCCCGCAAGAGCACCUAUCUUACAUGUUUUAUUAUUUUAUGUUAAUAAUUUAACCAAAUCAUUGAAUAUUGAGCAAUCACAUUCUUGUAACAUUUAAUAUUGUUUAAACAAGGCACUAAUAGAAAUACUAAUAGGUGUUAGACGUUCUGUUGAAAUACAUCCUGGAAGUUGUUCAAGUGAUACAAUAGCAUUUAAAUAACAGUUAAGUUCCAUUUUGAAUCAUAUCAUAAUUCUAUAGGCCUUGUGAAGGGGAAGAUGUAUGUUUCAACUAGACUAUUUCCAAUAGAAUGGUAAAUGAUUGACAGUGUUUAAUAUGACUAUCAGAACACUACAACCUGUAGUCUGACGAUCACCAUCAUCAUUGCUGCUGCAAAUGUAGCUAUGACAUUGACAUUGAAUACAGUUUCCUGACUACAAAUUAAAUACAGUUUCCUGACUAAAAAUUAAAUAGUUUCCUGACUACAAAUUAAAUUCAGUUUCCUGACUACAAAUUGAAAACAGUUUCCUAACUACAAAUUAAAUACAGUUUCCUGACUACAAAUUGAAUACAGUUUCCUGACUGCAAAUUGAAUACAGUUUAGUGACUACAAAUUUGAUAUACCGUAGUUUCCUGACUACAAAUUGAGAGACAAAAAGAUGUAAUAGUUGAAAGGUAACUUUUUGUUUUGAAAAGGAACAGCAUCAUUUACAUGUUUCAAGUCAAGCUGUCCAGAUCACCUACUGUAAUACUGAUUAACUUGAGGGACUGUAAAGAAAUAUGACAAAAUAAUGUGUAAAUUGUGGAGCUAAUACCAUGUGUUAUUCCUCAGUUGAGGUCAUUUAUGUUGGUGCUUUAAUUUAUUACAUUUGUCUCAAGUUGGGCACUGGAUGUAUUCAUCAUUCUCUAUUAUUUUAUUUAGGCAGCAUUUGUUUUAUCACUUGUCUCGGUUGUUUAGAGUGGAUUGGACUGAAUGGGCCCAGUUUAGAGUGGGUUGGCCUGAAUGAGCCCAGUUUAGAGUGGGUUGGACUGAAUGGGCCCAGUUUAGACUGGGUUGGACUGAAUGGGCCCAGUUUAGACUGGGUUGGACUGAAUGGGCCCAGUUUAGACUGGGUUGGACUGAAUGGGCCCAGUUUAGAGUGGGUUGGAAGUCAUGGUGAUACCACAUGGCAUUGGGAGAACUUAACUGAUUGCCACUUUUUUCAACUAGCUUUGAAUAAUGGCAAGUUUUGAACUAUUGUUGAGUUUGGACUUUAUUGUUAAUAAAAAUCUAGUAUUCUGAAUUGUUCACGAGAAAAUACUGCUGAGCAUUUAAUAAGGUGUUUUUUUUGUUGUGAUCAUGAACAUGUAAAAAAUAAUAUGUAUAUAUAUUGUUUUUAUUUAAUUACAGCCUUAAUGAAAAAAGUUCACACUUCUGGAAAUUAUACAUAUGCAUUUAUUUGUAUUUGAUUUGUUUUGAUGCUUGUGGUGUUGACUGGAAUUCAGAUGUUUACAUCCCUUAAACAUUGUACUCAUCAUAUAGCUUGCGUCCCAAAAGGCACCCUAGUUCCUUCAUAGUGCACUACUUUCUGACCAGAGUCCAAUGUGCCCUGGUUAAAAGUAGUGCACUAUAUAGGGAAUAGGGUGCCAUUUAGGAUGCAGAGGGCGUCUCGUUCACUAGUCUCACUCUAGCAGUUAUCUACAAGGGGAUGACCUCGCCGCUACUUUUGUAUACUUUUUAGCCAAUAGUUCUGAAAGUAGUGGCCCACGAGCCAAAAGUGGUCCCCAAAAAUUGCCUACUACGUCAUAUGUGCACCACGUCAUUGCUCUCUCUCCCUCAAUCUACUGUGUGUGUUUGUGUCUUCCUAGCUGUCACUCAAAUGGCGAGGGGCUGAAACUUAAAAUUGCUAGGGGGCUGGCCCACGUGGGGAUAAAUAUAGGGAAAAUGGCACCGCACAGCUUCUAGAAAAGUUGCUGUCACGCUAAGGAUUUUGUGGCUAAUUGAGGUGAAACAGUGAUUCUCCUCAUAGAUUAUGUAUGUAUGAAAUAUGCAUGAACACAUCCAGCCCAAAAUACUUACUAUUCGCCAAAGUACCGGAGCAUGUCUUUAAUGGAAAUAAAUAUUUGCAUAUUC